CUUCUUCCAGCCGCUCACAAACACGUCACAACAAGCCACAAGGAGAAAGCCGUCGCCAUGUCCGGCGGAGAGAAGAGAGCGAGGGAGGAGGUGGAGGCGUUGCUGGCGCAGACGAAGGUGAAGGAUGGGGUGAAGGAAGAGAUCAGAGCCAUCGCCAACAACACGUGUGGGGAGAGAAUAAACUUGGGUAAUUCUGGCCUCGGCGACAUAGGAGCGCGUGCGGUGGCCGAGGCGGUCAAGGACAACACCUGCCUCAAAGAACUCGACCUGUGGGACAAUUCCAUCGGCCCUGAGGGCGCCGUGGCGUUGGCGGAGAUGCUGAAGCACAACACGGCCCUCACAUGGCUCGACCUGGAGGGCAAUUCCAUCGGCAACCAGGGCGCCGUGGCGUUGGCGGAGAUGCUGAAGCACAACACGGCCCUCAAAGAACUCUACCUGAACAACAAUUCCAUCGGCGAUAAGGGCGCUGUGGCGUUGGCGGAGAUGCUGAAGCACAACACGACCCUCACAGGACUCAACCUGUGGAACAACUCCAUCGGUCCUGAGGGCGCUGUGGCGUUGGCGGAGAUGCUGAAGCACAACACGGCCCUCACAUGGCUCGACCUGCAAUACAACUCCAUCGGUCCUGAGGGCGCCGUGGCGUUGGCGGAGAUGCUGAAGCACAACACGACCAUGACAUUGCUCGGCCUGUACAACAACUCCAUCGGCGAUGAGGGCGCCGUGGCGUUGGCGGAGAUGCUGGAGCACAACACGACCCUCGAAACACUCGAGUGA